AGGGGGACGGUCUUGCCACGAGUGACAGGUGAUAGAGCCAAUUGGCUCUGUCGGAGUACGUCUGACGGGUGGUAAAGGCGUAGAGACGUCAUCAGUCUGCCGAAGAUGUCGGGGAUUCCGAAAGCCACCCUGAGCGGGCUCAACACUGACUCGUACUGCGAGAUCAGCAAGUAUCGGCACCGGCACUUCAUGGGAAGCUAUGACCUUAAGGAAAAAGCCCUGAGGAACUCCUGCACGCUUUAUGUGGGAAACCUCUCCUUCUACACCACAGAGGAGCAAAUCUACGAGCUCUUCUCUAAGUGUGGGGAUGUCAAGCGCAUAGUCAUGGGGCUGGACAAAGUGAAGAAAACUCCCUGUGGCUUCUGCUUCGUGGAAUACUACACGAGAGCGGAGGCGGAGCAUGCUAUGCGGUUCAUCGGUGGGACUCGUCUGGAUGACCGCGUCAUCCGAACAGACUGGGAUGUAGGGUUUAAGGAAGGGCGGCAGUAUGGCCGUGGAAGGACAGGUGGCCAGGUGCGAGAUGAGUACCGGACGGACUAUGAUGUGGGCAGAGGUGGCUUUGGCAAGAUUGUUCAGGAGCAGCAGAAGACUCAACAGACAGGGAUCUACUAACAGCUUCUUGGAUUGAGAAGAGGGGUUGGGCACAGCGAAGAUGAUUCGCGGAAGACAAGGAAAAGGUCACAGUGACAGUCUGCAUGUCCCGGGCUUCUUGUGUCGCUGUGACCUUUUCCUUGUCUUCCAUGAAUUUGUGCCUGUUCUGCCACAUCCAAGGAAUAUGCCCAAGAACCUCUGGUAGGGUGGGAGAGAACAGAUCAUGUGGAGUCUGGGUUGGUUGCUUUUCCUGUGUGGUACGUGUAGUUUGCUUGUUCAUUUCUGUUUUUCUGAGUUUUCUCUGUUUUUUGGGGGGGGAUCUAAAUAAAAUUGUUCUCUUAA